GAGAGAGAGAGGGGAAUGGCGGGGUUGGGAUGGGCGAUAUGGGAGGGGCUGGUGGCGGUGGGAUCGGUGGUGCUGCUGGGCUGGGCGGGGCUCUGGUUCCUGAACCGGCGGCUGUACAAGGAGUACGAGGAGAAGAGGGUCCUCGUCCAGAUCAUCUUCAGCGUCGUCUUCGCCUUCUCCUGCAAUCUCCUCCAGCUCGUCCUCUUCGAGAUCAUCCCUCUCCUCUCCCGCGAGGCUCGAUGGCUCAACUGGAAGGUGGACUUGUUCUGCCUCAUACUGCUCUUGGUCUUCUUGUUACCUUACUAUCACUGCUACCUCAUGCUCUGCAACAGCGGUGUGAGGAGGGAACGUGCUGCCACCGGAGCCAUUCUGUUCUUGCUGGCAUUUCUCUAUGCCUUCUGGCGCAUGGGCAUCCACUUCCCCAUGCCUUCGCCGGAUAAAGGUUUCUUUACCAUACCUCAGUUGGUCAGUAGGAUUGGAGUCAUUGGCGUGACUGUUAUGGCCAUCUUAUCUGGUUUUGGAGCUGUAAAUUUGCCCUACAGCUACUUGUCUCUCUUCAUCAGAGAGAUUGAGGAAGCAGAGAUUAAAGCGUUAGAGAGACAACUGAUGCAAUCAAUAGAGACUUGUAUCCUCAAGAAAAAGAAAAUUAUUCUUUGCCAGAUGGAAAUGACACGGAUGCAAGGAUCAGAAGAGAAGUUGAAGGCUAGAUCUUUGUUCAAACGGAUUGUUGGCACAAUGGUAAGAACAGUGCAAGAGGACCAAACGGAGCAAGAUAUUAAGAACAUGGAAGCAGAGGUGCAAGCUUUGGAAGAGCUCUCAAAGCAAUUGUUUUUGGAAAUUUAUGAGCUUCGCCAAGCCAAGGAGGCAGCUGCUUAUUCUCGAACAUGGAGAGGUCAUAUGCAGAAUCUACUUGGUUAUGCUUGUUCAGUCUACUGUGUAUACAAAAUGAUUAAGUCUUUACAAAGCGUGGUGUUUAAGGAGGCUGGUUCAGUAGAUCCUGUGACGAGGACAAUCAGCAUAUUUUUGCGGUUAUUUGAUAUUGGUAUCGAUGUCUCUUUGUUGUCUCAGUACAUAUCUUUGAUGUUCAUCGGAAUGUUGAUUGUUAUAUCAGUUCGUGGAUUCUUAACAAAUUUAAUGAAGUUCUUCUUUGCAGUUUCCAGAGUCGGAAGUGGGUCUUCUAGCAAUGUUGUACUUUUCCUGUCCGAAAUAAUGGGGAUGUAUUUUGUCUCUUCUAUUCUCCUGAUACGGAAAAGUUUGGCGAAUGAUUACAGGUUGAUCAUUACUGACGUGUUAGGUGGAGAUAUCCAAUUUGAUUUCUACCAUCGGUGGUUUGAUGCGAUUUUUGUAGCAAGCGCUUUCCUUUCUCUGCUUUUACUUUCUGCUCAUUAUACCUCGCGCCAGGCCGACAAACACCCUAUUGAUUAAUUUCUUAAAUUGCAAUGCCAGGGUAACAAUUUUUUGGGAUAAGGGUAGGUGACUCAAGCAGUUGAUUACACAAAUCAAGUGAGUUAGAAACUUGAUUGUCCUUGUUAGCAGUCGAAUUUGAAAAACAGUACAGAUUAGAUACCGAAUUAGACUUCUGACUGUUUAAUUGCACUAGCCUGUGCCAUUGUUUGUAAACUCAAACAGUUUUAUUGGCCAGGCAAGUCAUGUAAUUUCUAUGCAUUGUUAUUAAGUUGAGUUUAUUUUCUGUUGAUUGUCUGGAGGAAAUCUGCGUUAGAUCUAUGUUGUAAAAUAUUUGAAUCAAUGUCAUCCGAAUGUUGGCAAAUAAACCAGCUGUUACUGUAUACAUAAAGUCAAAAAUUUUAAUUUUCUCUACCUUUUGAUAGAUGGACUAGAGUAGUUAUAUAGCUGUAGUCAGAAAUUCCACUCGUGCAUCAACAAAUUAUGGUGUUACAUCUCUUGUGGCUUAACUGGAGAGAGGCUUUCUUUUUUUCCCUUUUUCUCUUUUGGCCCGAAAAAGAGGCUUUCUUUUGAAAUUGCUACCAUUUAGGGCUCCUUUGCAGACUUUUGGAUUGGUUUUAUACUUUGUACGGAGAGUAGGAUUAUUAAGAUU